GCCGCCCCGCAGGGCCGCGGCAUGGGACGGGUGCAGCUCUUCGAGGUCCGCCUGAGCCACGGCCGCGUCGUCUACAGCCCGGGGGAGCCGCUGGCGGGGGCCGUGCGCGUGCGUCUGGCGGCGCCGCUGCCCUUCCGAGGGCCGUCCAGACUCGGGGCGCGGGCUUCGAGCCUGUCUACUUCGCCGAAGGCCACUCUGACCUGGACCCGCGACGCUUCUGACCUUCUCUGUCGGGUCUCCGGUCCGCCGCGCCCUGCAGCUGCUGGGCCCUCACCUGGAGCCCGGCCCGCGCUGGGCUUUCUCUCCCAUACACCCAGGCAGCCCCGCCGAGUGUGCGGGUCCCCGGGGGCGGGCUGCAGGGCACUGCUUACACCCAGCCCGAGGCUAGUCCCUAAGGGCUGGGAGGAUCUUGAUAAUCCCUGCGUGCCGUAGGCCGCCGUAGCGGGCAUCUGGGAGCCGAACCUGAGCCCUCCUGGCCGGUCCCUCUGCUGGCGCAGAUAUCUGGGACUUUGAGACCGGGGAUCCGGUUGCUGCGGCGCCCCUAGCUAGGGCUCCCUGCCGGCGCUGGCCUCGUCUGUCUGCUGCCUGAGGUGUGAAUCGGGCCCUGCGGGGGACAUCACACCUGGUCCCUCUGGGCCGUGGGCGAACCGCAGCCCGGGCGGGGUCUCUCUCCUGACCCCGGCUCUGAGUGUGAGGUUGCGUGGUGUGUCCGUCCUGGGGCGCUUCUCUACCUUGGGGUGCUUGGCCAGAACCACAGCUGCCGGGCUUCCCUCUGGGCCUUGACCUUCCAGGCCCCCGUGUGGUUGACCGUUCAGCGCUUGGGGUGCCCGCUGAGGAUGCAGAGCCACCGUCCUCUCUGGGCAGCUGCCUCCUCCGUCCCGGACCGGUGACACCGCCCACCUCCGUAACGUGUCGCCUCUUUCCUGUCUCCCCAGUUGGAGUUUGGGGUUGGGUGGGGGUAGGUGUGCUUGUGGCAGGGGCACCGGGGGGACAGUGCAGCUCUGCUCUGGGGCACCACUGAGAGGUGAGUGCGGCUGGCAGGGCACAGGAAGGAGGGGUGGGCCGUGGCUGGAGGACAGACGGACACCACAGAGACCCCACGCAGAGCUCUCCUCCUGGCCUGCUGCCCUGUCACCCCCUGUAGCUGGGGCCCAGGGCGAACAGGCUGUUGUUGACCACAGUGAAGGGGUGGCCUGAGCUGUGCGUGACUAACCUGGGCUGGUUAGAGCCCCGCAGCCUCCACGUGAUGGGUAGGAUGUGGGUAAAUGGACAGCUGGGCCCCAGGAGGCUGAGGGAGUCCCUGACUGUAAGAGCCCUGAGGCAGGGAGAAGCAGGUCAGGUCACAGGCUGGAGAGUCCAGCGACGACUGGCCUCGCGCCAGAGAGGGUAUUAUUUUCAGUUUGCCCCCCAGGGGUAGGGGGGAUGCUGGUGCUGGGGCCUCUGUAGGCCUCCGGCCCUGCCGGGGUGUGAGAGAGGAAAGACCAUGGUUCUUAUUUUUCCUUUCCCUCAAAAGACACUUGUUACCAGGCAUUGAUGCAAUAGGGGGGCCCCCAGGAGGACAUGGAGGGUGGGGGGCAGCCGGCCUCUGAACACUUGACUGAGGAGUGUCAGUGAUGGUCUGCACUCAGCCUUGGGGACGCCGGCUUCCUUGGGAGCUGAUGUGGAAGAAGGCUGGAGAUGGAGCUGGAGACUGGGUCCAGCCCAGCUGGAGGCUGGGGUCAGGCGGGGCUGCCCUGUGCUCUGCUCUCGAGGUGGGCGACGAGGGAGGGUGAUGCCCGGACAACAGUAGCAGCCAGCUGCCAGCUCUGCCGGCUCCCCGGGCUCUCACCGUGGGCCAGAUGCCAUUCCCACUUCCCAAGGACCAAUCCAUCAGUCUGCAUAGCAACCCUGGGAGCUAUCCGGGUGACCUGCACGGGGUCCUGCAAGGUCUCCAGCAAGGCCAAUGACACAGCGUGGGUGGUGGAGGAGGGCUACUUCAACAGCGCUCUGUCCCUGGCCGACAAGGGGAGCCUGCCUGCUGGAGAGCACAGCUUCCCCUUCCAGUUCCUGCUUCCUGCCACAGCUCCCACGUCCUUUGAGGGCCCUUUUGGGAAGAUUGUGCACCAGGUACGGGCCACCAUCGACACACCACGUUUUUCCAAGGAUCACCAGUGCAGCCGCGUGUUCUACAUCUUGAGCCCCCUGAACCUGAAUAGCAUCCCAGACAUCGAGCAACCCAAUGUGGCCUCCACCACCAAGAAGUUCUCCUACAAGCUGGUGAAGACAGGCAGCGUAGUCCUCACUGCCAGCACCGACCUCCGAGGCUACGUGGUGGGGCAGGUGCUGCGGCUGCAGGCUGACAUUGAGAACCAGUCAGGCAAGGACACCAGCCCUGUGGUGGCCAGUCUGCUGCAGAAAGUGUCCUACAAGGCCAAGCGCUGGAUUUAUGACGUGCGGACCAUCGCCGAGGUGGAGGGCGCCGGCGUCAAGGCCUGGAGGCGGGCUCAGUGGCAAGAGCAGAUCCUGGUGCCUGCCCUGCCCCAGUCCGCCCUGCCGGGCUGCAGCCUCAUCCAUGUGGACUACUACCUGCAGGUCUCCCUGAAGACGCCGGAAGCCAUCGUGACCCUCCCGGUCUUCAUCGGCAACAUCGCUGUGAACCACGUCCCACUGAGCCCCCGGCCAGGCCAAGGCCUGGUGGUGCCCUCAGCGCCACCCCAGGAGGAGGCGGAGGCUGUGGCUGGUGGCCCCCACUUCUUCUCGGACCCUGUCUCCCUCUCUACCAAGAGCCACUCACAGCAGCAGCAGCCGCCUGCAGCCCUCGGCUCUGUGCCUGGCGCCCCUGAACCCCAUCCUCAGGAUGGUAGCCCUGCCCCCCACCCGUUGCCCCCUCCCUUGUGCAUCUCCACAGGUGCCACCGUGCCCUACUUUGCAGAGGGUUCUGGAGGGCCGGUGCCCACGACCAGUACCUUGAUCCUCCCGCCUGAGUAUAGCUCGUGGGGCUACCCCUAUGGUGAGUGGGGGCCUGGGGCCUGGCAGGGAGGGGGAGCCACGGGCCCCAUGCAGACCUGGCUCUCUCCCUGCAGAGGCCCCGCCAUCCUAUGAGCAGAGCUGUGGCGGUGUGGACCCUGGCCUAACCCCAGGGAGCUGACCCCAUGUCGCCUUCUCCGGACGGGCGGACCUACGCCCUGGGACUAGGCUCCCAGGGCCUCGUGCCUUCGCUCCCGGCCUGGCCCGGCCCACUCAGGACCCGCCGCUGCCCGCCGUUCCCUGCGGCCUCUGCCUCCGGACCAGCUUCUGCCCCGACCAGCCUCCGCAGCCCCCCUGUAGUCGGCCUCUCCCCGGGGGUUGGGGCCUAGAGAGACUUGGUGUAAAUAAAAAGCUUCAUUUGUAGAGC